CGUGUUAUUCACCACAGCUAACUUACUUUGCGCCUUUCACAAUAUGGCAUCUCUACGCACUGCAACAAGUUCAUUGAAAAAGUUGCCAAUCGUUUCUUUCGCGUUCUCCUCUUCUCUUUUGUUUUCGACAUUUCUCCAAGUCGGGUGUUGCUUGCGUAGCGGCGGUUUUUUGUUGUGUGGUUAUAUUGUUUUUGCAUUUACAAUUGAGCAAAAACAAUUACAAGAAAUUAAGAAAGUAUUGUUGUAUUGUUUUUGGAAUAAUUCAUUAAUGAGAACGUGUUGUUUUAGUGCUGAAUUGUAGGCAUAGUUUUGAAUUGAUUGAAAAGUGGCUGGAAAUUGGUUACAAGAAAGGACAAGAAGCUAAAUUUGUGACAAAUAGUUCAACAGCAUUGCCAGCUGUAUAAAUAAUGGCAUGAAAUUGAAAAUAGAUUUUGUUCGAGUAUCGAAUUGUCGUGUAAACAUGUUGUGCUGGCAUUGAAACUUUAAAUUAUAAACUGACCAAAUUUAUGAAUGUAAAACACAUCAUUAUUAAGCUGUGAAAAUAGUGUGACCUGUGAAUUGUACUACAUUCAUUUUAUAAGUAUGUGCUGUAAUACUAAAUAGCUAUACGCUAACCCAAAGGCUAGCUAGAGAAGGUGUCGCAGGCUAGUUGCCGCGUUACUUGUUCAUCAUUGACAGCCAAGUGUAGCGGCGUUUUUAUUCACAGUCGGUCUAUUAAUUUAGUCGAAUUAUACUUAGCUCCAGAUUUGUGCAGUUGUUGCUAGAAUGUGUGCGUAAACGAAUCGUAAAGUCGAAACGCGAAAAAUGUGCAAAUGUGCUAAAAAUAAAGUACAUGUUCUCUACUAAGUAAAUAGUUGAGUGCAACAUACAACAAAAAAUAUACGUAAAUCGUAACGAAAGUAAUAAGUAGCAGUUGAAGCAGAGGCUCGUAUGAAGCACAUACACGACGUUGUCGACAGCUGAGAAAAAAAGUGACAAAAAGUAGAUUGGAGAAAGAGAAAUGGAAAUAGAAAAGUAAAGAGAGAGAGAGAGAGCUAGAAAAAGCAAUUGUUUGAGAGAACGGAAAGUGGACAUCAAAAUAGUGCAACAACAAACAGCAGCGGCGUGUGAAGCUAGAAGAAGAGGAAGAAGACGUAGAAACAGCACAAGACAAGAAGCAAGUUUAGCACAACGCGCAGUGUUUUUAUAUAUCAGAUGAAAUGUGUGAAUAUUUUUAUUUUUUUGUGUGCACAUAAAAAAUACUGAAUUGAAUUUAAAAUAAAGUCGAACGAGCGCAAUAGCGCAACGAGUGACAUCCAUAGCUAAUGCCUGACAGUGGUGAAUAUAGUGGAAGAGGAAAAGUGUGAAAAACGUUUAAAAAUUUAAUUAUAAAUCAUAUAAAAAGUAAAGCAAUAACUACGUUUUUUUGCGUUAGGAUAUUAAAUAAUUUCUUGAGGAUUAGUGUUUGUGAUAUAACGAGAAGAUGACAACACGUAAGAAGAAGCGUCAGGAUGGCAGUGGUAGUGGUGGUGGUUUCAUCAAGAAAGUUUCCUCGCUGUUUAAUUUGGAUUCGAUACAUAGAGCAUCUUCGACGAAGGUGAACGGUGAUGAUAGUUGGCAAUAUGAGGAUAUCACAUUGGAGCGUGGCAAUUCUGGUCUUGGCUUUUCGAUUGCAGGCGGCACAGACAAUCCACACAUCGGCACGGACACAUCUAUUUAUAUAACGAAACUCAUACAGGGCGGUGCGGCCGCUACCGAUGGUCGUUUAUGCAUUAACGAUAUUAUUGUGUCGGUGAAUGAUGUUUCCGUGGUGGAUGUACCGCAUGCGUCCGCUGUAGAUGCGCUCAAAAAAGCUGGCAAUGUUGUGAAAUUGCAUGUGAAGCGAAAACGUGGUGGCGGUAGCGGCGGCGGCGGUCCGGCUGGUGAUGCUACCGCUGCCACGUCGGCCACAUUGCCACGUAGCGCUGCUACUGCUGCUGCCGCUGCUGCUGCAGCAGGACCAAAAGUGAUCGAAAUUGAUUUGGUUAAAGGUGGCAAGGGCUUGGGCUUCUCCAUUGCCGGCGGUAUUGGUAAUCAGCAUAUACCGGGCGAUAACGGUAUUUAUGUAACGAAAAUAAUGGAUGGUGGCGCUGCAGCAGUCGAUGGACGCCUCUCGAUUGGCGACAAGCUGAUUGCGGUGCGCACAAAUGCGGCCGAAACGAAUUUGGAGAAUGUCACGCAUGAGCAAGCCGUUGCCACGCUCAAGUCAAUUACGGACAAAGUAACGUUGAUCGUUGGCAAGACGCAACAUCAAAUUAGCUCAUCACAAUCACAAUUUGCGCAGAUCAAUUCGCAUUCAACAGGUGCGAUAAAUAAUAUUGGCAAAACAGUUGUUGAUUUUGCUCGUUCACCAUCACCCACAAUCACCAACACCACCACUACCAACACCACGAACAAUAAUAACAAUGUUAGCCAUUUAGCUAAUAGUACGAAUAACAUCAGCAACAACAACAACAGCAAUAAUAAUAAUAUACAAUCCUCAGUAUCCGUCCCCUCUGUAGCAGCAGCUGGUGUUGUUGCUGCAUCAACAUCCAGAUCCCAUUCACCUUUGCCUCAGCCAGCAUCUAGGUAUGCGUCAUCGAAUGUAUUGGCCGCUGUGCCACCCGGAACGCCACGUGCCGUCAGCACUGAGGAUAUUACCCGUGAACCGCGCACAAUCACCAUACAAAAGGGUCCACAAGGCUUGGGCUUUAACAUCGUCGGCGGUGAGGAUGGUCAAGGCAUUUAUGUCUCAUUCAUAUUGGCUGGCGGACCAGCUGAUGCUGGUGGUGAGCUAAAACGUGGCGAUCAGCUGUUGAGUGUGAAUAAUGUCAGUCUGAAUAAUGCCACACACGAGGAGGCCGCGCAGGCGUUGAAGAGUUCCGGUGGCGUAGUCACAUUGGUCGCACAAUAUCGACCCGAAGAGUAUAAUCGCUUUGAGGCCCGCAUACAAGAGCUGAAACAACAGGCAGCACUCUCCGCCGGCGGUACUGGCACACUGUUGCGCACCUCACAAAAACGUUCGCUAUAUGUGCGUGCGCUCUUCGACUAUGAUCCGAAUCGUGACGAUGGACUGCCAUCGCGUGGUUUGCCCUUCCGCCAUGGCGAUAUACUGCACGUAACGAAUGCGGCCGAUGAUGAAUGGUGGCAGGCGCGUCGCGUGUUAGGCGACAGUGAAGACGAACAAAUCGGUAUUGUGCCAUCGAAACGACGGUGGGAGCGAAAGAUGCGAGCACGCGAUCGCAGCGUUAAGUUCCAAGGUCAUACCGCAGCCAAUAAUAACCUGGAUAAGGUCAGUAAUGAGCAAUCAACACUCGAUCGCAAGAAGAAGAAUUUCACAUUUUCACGAAAAUUCCCAUUCAUGAAGAGUCGGGACGAGAAACUAGGCGAAGAUGGCAGUGAUCAAGAGCCUAAUGGAGUUGUAACCAGCAAUAGCGAACUUGAUGUUAACAGUGUUAACAACAAUGAUUCAAAUGAACCGCAACCUUUUAUGCUUUGCUACACACAAGACGAUGCCAAUGCUGAAGGAGCCGAAAUUAUCUACCGUGUGGAGUUGCCAGACAUGGAGCAGAUAACAUUAAUCUAUUUGGAGAAUAACGAUGCUGACUAUCCAUCCGAAGAGAAUGUGUUAUCAUAUGAGGCCGUACAACGGUUAUCUAUUAACUAUACACGACCGGUAAUCGUGCUCGGCCCAUUAAAGGAUCGCAUCAAUGAUGAUCUUAUAUCGGAGUAUCCAGAGAAAUUUGGCUCAUGUGUGCCACAUACGACUCGACCAAAACGCGAUUACGAAGUGGAUGGUCGUGAUUAUCAUUUUGUUUCAUCACGUGAGCAAAUGGAACGCGAUAUACAAAAUCAUCUAUUCAUCGAAGCGGGUCAAUAUAAUGACAACCUCUAUGGCACAUCGGUGGCGAGUGUACGUGAGGUGGCGGAGAAGGGUAAACACUGCAUUUUAGAUGUUUCGGGCAAUGCCAUUAAGCGUUUACAAGUUGCUCAACUAUAUCCGAUUGCUAUAUUUAUCAAACCGAAAUCGGUGGACUCAAUAAUGGAAAUGAAUCGACGCAUGACCGAGGAACAAGCGAAGAAAACGUACGAACGCGCGAUAAAGAUGGAACAAGAAUUCGGCGAAUAUUUCACAGGAGUUGUUCAAGGCGACACCAUCGAAGAGAUCUACAGUAAAGUCAAAGCGAUGAUUUGGUCACAAUCGGGACCAAUCAUUUGGGUACCAUCCAAAGAAUCUCUAUGACCAACAGCCACGACGACAUGGACACUGCCGCCUCGAGUACGUUGUCGACCAGUCUCGAGAUCAACAACAAAUCAACAUCAACAGCAAACGCACUGAUUUUGCAACGCAUUGAACGCGCAUUGAAAAGGAACAUCACCAUAAAUGAAUAUGAAUGGAUGAAUGGAUAGUUGGUUGGUUGGUACAUAAAAGUCGCCAACAACAAUGAGAACAAAAUUAAAAAAAAAAAAAAAAAACA